AUGUUGAUAUCUGAUAUUCUUUCUGAAGUUUUUGAAUAUUUGGAUGACCGAGAUGAAAUUCUUGGUUCACCGAAUCCUAAAACUUAUAGUAGCCUGUUUUCAUGUUUACUAGUCAAUAGUCAUUGGUGUGAAAGUGUUAUACCCAUCCUUUGGCGUCAUCCUUUUCAUCGUUGUCAUAAACGAGGUGGAGAACUUUUAAUUCAAACAUUUCUAUCUUGUCUUGACAAUUCUGAACGUCAACAAUUAUAUAACGAUGGUGUAUAUGUCCCUGGAGGAAAAUAUGAUUUACCCGUUUUUAAUUAUCCAACCUUUUUAAAAAAUCUUGAUUAUUAUGAAAUGAUUUCAUUUGUAAAAAGUUGGUGUAGAUUUUACUUAGAGGAUGGUACCGAAGAAAGUGUUUCUGCAAUUUUGCGAUCGAUUUUAAAAUUAUUUGUCGCGAGAAUUAAUAACUUGAGCGUGAAUGACGGACCCUCAAUGCUCGUCGCAAAAAAACUUGCAUUACUCAUAGAAAAUCAACGAGGGCUUAAACGAAUAAUUUUAUCAAGAUGUAAAAAAUUCGCCAACAUUAUAAUUCCAUCCUUGGAAAAACAAAAACGUACAUUACGACAUAUUGGAUUUCGAGGUAUCGAUUUUGAUGGAUGUUGUAAAUGGGACACUUUAAAGUAUUGCUCAAAGUUAGAAAAAUUAGACAUUGUUGAUUGUUACAACAUAAACGAUACCAUGAUCUCUCCUUUACUUAACUAUAAUCAUCACAAAAAUUUCAAAAAUUUAAAACACGUUAGUGUAUAUAAUUGUCGACCGAUUCGAAUUAAUGAUAAAUUAGAAUCUUGGGCUUAUAGGAUUUAUUGUCGACAACGUCAAUAUUGCUAA